UUUUUCUUGUGUACGUUCAAGGGGAAAGAGGUUAUUAGGUCAGGUGUGUCAUUUAGAUCUCUUAUUGGUGCAGAUUGUUUAAUUUGAUUAUUUAACACAGGGAUUUUCCCUUUUUUGAAAUUCCUUUUUUUUCAUUGUCUGAUAAAUAGGAGAUUUUUACUUAUUUGAUCACUUUUUUUUUUCCUCUCUCUUUUUUUUCCCCCUUUCAAAACCCUUAUAAAAAUGAUUACAACUUCAAUUCAACGAGCGCAAGAGCAACAACAAAAUAUCAUCAUGAUUGCCAAUCCAAUUGUUGUUGUUCAACAAGAGGAAGACGAGAAAAAGAAUGAAAAGGAGGAAUAUUACUAUCGCCCACUACCUUCCGUCUUAACAGACUUUUUCGCUUUUAAAUUAUGCGAUUUUAUUCGAACUCGUCCGUUACCAACGGGAUCCGAAAGAACCGCACCCGAAUUAGUGUAUUUCAUCUUGAAAAUCACAUCACAAGCCCGCAUAUCAUGUCACAUUGCAGUAGUUGCGCUGAUUUAUAUAGAAAGAUGCAAGGCUGCGCUUCCAAAAAAUGCCAUUGGUGAUCAAGACACCAUCCAUCGUAUAUUUGUGGCGUCGAUUCUCGUGGCCUCUAAAUAUUUACACGGCACAUGUUGGGGAGCCAGUCAGACGGUGAUGAUGAUGGAUGAGGAAGAAGAGGUGGUGGUGCGAGCAGAAGACGAACUCCCCGUAUGGUUAAACAAUGCCAGAAUGGCCAGUAUCUGUAAUCGAUUUUACAGUCUGCAACAAAUCAAUCAAUUAGAACUGGCCUUUCUAAAUCUGAUCAAAUUUGAGUGCUUUGUCAACCCAAUUGAGGUCCAGGAAUAUUUGGUCAAACAUCGACAAGACUUGUUACUCUAAUUUUUAUUUUUUUUUGACUUGUGCAGGUCACAUUGAUGAAUUUCCCCAUUUUUACGAUAAUCUCUCUUCCCUCUAGUGUACAUAGAAAACUGCGUAUUAUUUCUCAUUCAUAAUCAUCUUAAUUAGACACACACACACACACAUUUUUUAGCCUUCUUGCCAAAAAAGAAAUACCCCCCACGUCUCAUUCGUUUAUUCUAUAAACACACAAAUCAUACAUCAUAAUAAUUAAAGCAUUAAUGUAACACAUUUAAAAUACUCCUUGCCUUUUUUGUACGUACAAUGAUCGACUCCCCCUAAUCAAUCAUAUCAUAUGUUGAACUCGUAAAACGCGUGAUAAAUUCUUUUUCAGGGUGCUUUUGUUCCGAAAAAAAAAGUCUCUAAAGGUAAUUUGUAAUCUCUUAACUCUCACCGUCUUCCCGCACGUGUUUUUUUUACCUAUCAAAAAGAAAUUUCCUCCCUUUCUAG